UUGGCGGCCAUCACACACGCCCACUCGAGAGCCGACUUCGCUUGCCUUGCGACGGAAGGCUGGAGGGUGAUCUAUGGUCCAUGGUCCAUGGUCCGCGGCCUUCUAUGUUCUAUCAUGUUGCUCACGUGGACAUCGAUGAUUGUUUGCCUUCAAGUUCACUCUCCGCAGGAUUCGAGGAAACAGUCUCUCGCCCUGCACCAACAGCCAGCCAUAAUCUCUAGAAGGCAGGGCAGAACGGGCAAACAGGGGAAGACCCUGAGCCUGCACUGCAGCCCUGGACUAACGAUGCUGCAGACAGGGCUGCGUUCGAGUAUCAAUGGGGGGGGGUUCUGUGUAUCUACAUUCCAUUUUGAUCCUCUGCACGUUCUGCGGGAAACCGAACGGCCUGCCUGCCAGCUCAGCACCUGGGGAACGGGAGGCUGCGGGGACUAUGUACGGAUCGUAGGGCAUCGGUCGAAUGUAAAGGUACUGUUUCGCGUCACCGUGGGGAUACGUGGCCACUGGCUUAGGAGGAGUGACGAAACAGCAUCAUUUGUAGAUUCCCACCCCUGAACACUCCCGCACGCGGUGUCAUCAUCUGGGCAGAGAUACAGGUGGGACUCGGGAGCUGUCGAAGGAGAGGUUUGUACGAAGUCUGCACUUCGAGUGGCGAACGGAGGGCACAGGGACGGCUUGUGCGGUGAAAUAUCGCGAAAGUUUAAGGAACUCCGACCUAUUGACGAUGCUGCAGGUGAUCGGAUCUCACUUCGCGUCAAGUGAAAGGUUCGAAGACGGCAGAGAGCCGGGUCGAAGUGUGAGUUUCGAUGUGGCGAUGCACGUAUCCUCAGGAGUCGUGAUCUCGAAGGGAGAGCAACAUGCGACCGCACGAUAGACACGCGACACUGUAGCAAGGACGCGACCCAUUGCGCAAA